AGAAAAAAUCAUCUCAAAUCAUCAAUAUAUUGUGAUUAUUAUGAUAUAGUGAUAAUGAUAAAGAUGAAGAUGAUUAUUCAGAUGAUGAUGGAUGAUGAUGAUCAGUGUAAAGUUUUAUAACUAUUAAUAUUAUAUUGUAUAUAAAAGUUGGAGUAAAAAUUAUUAGGAUCAUUACACUGUCGUAUAUUGUUAAUGAUUUAGUUGAAGCAAUUUCAUUACUGAUUAACAUACCCUUGAGAUGAUUAUGAUUAGCAAUUGAAAUGAUAAUAUAAUAAAAAAUAAAGGAUUUACAAUUAAGGAAAUCCUAUUGUUAAUCACUAGAGAGAUACAGAGUAAUAGACAAUAUUUUUACAAUUUAAUCAUCAAUGAUUAUGGUCAAACCUUUUUGAUAACAUUUACUAUCAUCAUCAUGGUUAUAAUGCUAAAGGGUUUUAACAAUGAAUUAAUCAUUCAUCUUCCUCCCACUCCUCCCUUUUUUCCUCAUCCUCAUCCUCAUCUUCAUCUUCAUCUUAAUCCUCUUUCUUUAAUUGUAUUGUCCCUUCUGGUCCUUCAUAUCAAUUGUCAUAAAAAUUAGACUAAAACCUAAAUUUGUAAUGAUUGUUACUAAUGUUAACUGAUUGAUUGCUGGUAAUCACGAUAACGGUAAAAAGGGAAACUUGAUCAACAUGAACAAGGGGCUUAAUGUUUUUAUCAUCAUCAUCAUCAUCCAAAUGAUUACCAAAGGAAAACCGUUAAUAUGUUAACAGUAACUUUCAUUAGCCUUAGGCUAUUAAUGGUCAGUAAUGUUAUUGUGAACUUCAAGAAUUAAUAAACUUGGACCUUAACCAAUAAUAUCAUGAAAACUGAGAAACUUUUGAUUUAAUAAUAAUCAUUACCUGUUACUAAUUUGCAUUAAUCAUGAUAAACAAAUGGUAAUAAUUUAAUUGGCAACUAUUUAUGGACACUUUUCAGAUAAAUUGAUUUUCCAUUUACAAAGUUAAUUUGAUUUAAUUUAAUUUCAACUCUAUUUUCAGGUUUUCUCAUUACAUCAAUUCUUUAUGCUUACCUUUUAAGGUAAAUUUCGAGGUCAAUAUCAGCUGAUGAUGAUUACUCAAUAAAUGAUGAUAUUAUUAGUGUUAAAUUGUAAUCGGUUAGCAAUUUAAUUUACUAAAUUAAUAGAAUCAAGUUUAUUUAUAUUUUUAAAAUACUUGUUCCCUUUAUUGGUCAAUCAGGUUAAUCAAGUUAAAAUCAAAUCUUGUGUAAUAAUUUGACCCAAAUUGAUGAUGUCCUUUUUUCAUUCAGAAAAGGAUAAUAUGAUGAUAGUGAUGAUGAUGAUGAUGGAGAAGAUGGAGAAGAUGGAGAAGAUGAUAAAUAUUAUCUGAAACUGACUUUAUUGUCGUAAGUUUUUUUAUUAGUUUGUAUUAAAGUGUCAAAGUGCUGAAACGUUUAUUUGAUUUUUACUUUUUUGUGAAAAAUUUUCUUGUAUCAUCAGAAUUACUCAACUAAACAUUAGUAAAUUAUCAUGGGUGAUAAGUUAAAGUUGAUCAUAUACUCAUUUUUGAUUCAAGUCAUCAUCAUGUUAAUUUGUUUACCUUCAAUUUGCCUGAUUAACGGAAGUAAAUUUAAACUAUCACUUCCCAAUGGGAUGCAUGUUAACCUUAAGUUACCAGGAUUUGAUUUAAGUUCAUACCCUGAUCCAAUUCCGUAUAAAAUUAAAUUACCUCAUUCGAUUGCGAGAAAAAUUUUCCCUAAUUAUGCAAUUAGAGUAGCUUCAUUUGGAAAACCUCAUUACCCGGUAUUCAGAUAUGGUUCAAGUGAUUAUACCGAUGCUGUUAGAUUGGGAGUAUUACCUCAUUCAUAUCCACGAGAGGAACCAGGAUCAGUUCAAUUGAAAUCUUUUCAUCCAAUUUUUUCAAACUCUUACAGAUACACUAAACUUCAUUAUCCAGGAGCAUUUGCUUGACCAUAAGGAUGACCAUCAACCAUUAUCUCUAUUAUUGAUUAUCCACCAGAAAAUUUUUACAUGUAACAUUGUUUAUCGCAAUUAGAAAUUGUUUUACUUGCAUCAAGGAAUUAUCUUCAUUAUCUCCAUCAUCAUUAUCGUCUUCAUCUUUAUUUUCUCAUCUCUUAUAACUGCAUCUCUUCCGCAUCUUUCUCAUUAUCAGCAUCAUCUCUCUCUCUCUCU